AUGUCGUUUUCGGAGGAAAAGGCAAUAGCAAAACUUGCAGUCUUGGAUAAUACGCAGCAAGCUAUCCAAUCUACCUCCCAGUGGUGUUUGUUUCAUUAUAGACAUUGUGCAGAAAUCGUCAAAUUAUGGAUGAGUGCAUUCAAUUCUCCACCUGAAUCGGUCACCCAAUCGUUACCUAAUUAUAGAUUAUCCCUUUUCUACUUAUGUAAUGACCUUGUCCAGUUUUCGAAGAAAAAAGAGGUCAAAUACAAAUGCUUUCUUGACGAAUUUGAAAAGGUUAUUCCCCACUUCUUGAGCAUUAUCUCGAGUGACCCAACCAGCAUUCAUUUGAAAGAUAAAUAUGUCAGAGUCCUCAAUGUUUGGAGAGAUAGAAGCGUGUAUAAUACAAGUCAGAUAGUUAGGUGGUUGGCAAUAUUGAAUAAGAAAAACAAUUCACAUACUAAUCACCUUCAUAACAAUAGCACUAAUAAUAAUAUUAGUAAUAACAGCAACUUGUCAGGUACGAAUAUUGAACCCAUUGGCAAUUCGAUUCCAUCCAUUGUGCAAUCACCGUAUAAAAUACCAGAUGAAUUAAGUCCGGUAGUGAAUAAGUAUAAUCGUCUGAACAGUUUACUUAAAGAUUAUAAGGCAAAUUAUAAUGAGUUCAAUAAAAUAUCAGAUAAUAUACUAAAUGAUAAUGAGCAAACGUCGAAUCAGUUAAAUACCUUGCUAAACUCUUUGUCCACGUUGCAGAACAAUGCAGUUACGGAGCAGUCGGAUCAAAACAUGAAAAGGUUUGAAAAAUCAGAGAAAUUGAGCUUGACUCUAUCUGAACAAUCAAAGGAAAUCAAGGAAACGAGGCUUGAUAUAAUGAAGGAUUUGAGAAGGUUAGCUGAUGAACUAAACGAUUGGAUCCUACUGGAUCAAGAAAAGCAAGUCAAAAUCGAUGAAAAACUACAACAAUUGGAGGCCAAGAAAAAUAGUAUUGUAGAAGAGACAGAGAAAGUGUCCGUUUUCAACUACAGCGACAAUAAUGAUGAGGAGAACAUCCCAACUUAUGAUAAUGACAACGAAGACUCUGAUUCUGAUAAGGCACCUAAUAGCGAUAGCGAAGAAAGUGAGGAUGAAGACCAAGAGGAGGAUAAUCUCAAACAUGGCAACAGCGAUAAUGAUGAACAGAAAACUGAUACAAAGGAGGAGAAUGUUCCUGUAAGCUCAUUACGAAAACGUCUACUUGGAGAUGACCAGGAUUCGAAGGGAGAUGUCCCUAAAAAGAUGAAAAAAAGCGUAUCAUUUGCGAAUGAGAACGAGACGCAUGUCUUUAAUGAGGAAGAGACCAUUCAGGAAGAAGAUAGCACUUCCAAAGGUGAUGCAGAUUUGCAGGCCCUUCUUGGAAAACUUGUAUAG